CCGAUCGAGAUGAGAUCAAUCCCCAAUCCCCAUCCUCCCCGGAACCCUAGCUAGCUAGCUACCUGUUGCUCGCUCUCCUCCCUCCCUCCCUCGUCGUCUCCCCUCCCCUCCUCCGCGAUCGUCCGGGGAAGAUGGACGCGCUCGGCCCCGACAUCCACCACCUCUUCCCGCAGCUCCUCUCCGGCCACGACAACGCCAACAGACCUCAGCCGCCCUUCUUCCACCCGACUCCGACUCCGACUCCGACUCCUCCGCACGCGCGGGCCUCUAGCUACGUCGCCGCCGCCCACGGCCCGCUGGACGACUUCGUCUACGGCUUGGUGCCGGGCGCGGGGGAGGGCACGCUGGCGCCGGGGGAGGGCUCGCCGAUGCUUGACCACAGCGCGUUCCUGGAGAACGACCAGUUCGUGGACUGCUUGGAGGACCCGCUGGCGCUGAUGAGGAUGAGCGGCGACGAGUUGAGCGCCUUCUUGAGCGACGAGGCGGGCGUCAACUCGCUGCGCAUGCCGCCGGAUUUCCUGGUCAGAUCGCUGGCGGCGUACCAAACGGCCAUGGCCGACUCGCCGCCCGUGCCCCCCGCGGGCGUGCCGAGCCAGUCGUCCUCCGGUUCACCGGGUCUGGGCUGCGCCCAGGCGAGGGCUACUCACGACUCUCCGGCGGGCGACGUGGAGGAGCCGCUCACGGGGAUGAGCGCGCUCAUGAGCGACGAGGCGGGCGUCAACUCGCUGUCCAUGCCGCCGGAGUACCCGAUUAGAUCGCUGCUGGUGUACCAACCGGCCAUGUCCGACUCGCCGCCCGUGCACCCCGCGGGCGGACACAGCCAGUCGCCCUCCGGUUCGCCGGGUCUGGGCUGCGCCCAGGCCAGAGCCACUGACUCUCCGGACAGCGGCGCUUAUCAGCCGGUGCUGGACUACCCGCAGGCGCCACAAGACGCAUCCCUCGACGUGCCGCAGCAGGAGCCGGACAGCGAGACGGCGGAGGUGGCCCGGAUGGCUCACGUGGCGGCGCGGUGCGGCGACAAGCCGUCCACGGCGUGGUCCGUGGAGGAGGACCAGCUGCUGUUCCGAGGCCUUUCCCGGUUUGCCGGCCAAGACAGUGUCAUCAAGUGCCUCAACAUUGCAUCUGGGCUCGUGGAGAAGACCGCGCUUGAUGUCGCGUAUCGGAUCCGGUGGCUGUCAGACUUGGAGAAGAAGGAAGCUGCUAAGGAAGCACAGCUGGGGCAAGAAAAAUCUGCACUAGGAAAUGUUACCAAGGGAAAGGGAACCAAGGUUGCUAACAAGAAAAACAACAAACAUCCCCUGUCCAAAGAGACUCUAGACUCCAGGAGUGCUAAAGACAUUAUUCGGGAUAACAACAGGCUUAUGGAUAAAAUAGAAGAAAUCUUGAGAACAGGAGAGGUGAAUAACUGUCUAGACUACUUUUACUAUGUGAAGAUGAACAUGGAUGCUAUGCAGAACAAAGUAAAAGACUUGGCCACUGUCAUGGAAGGACUCGCGGUAGGCGAUGAAGAAUGGGAGGACGUCCUGAAGGAUCGCGACGCACCGCAGGCUGGAGAGAAUGCUGCCACACCGGCGCCAUGAGCUUCGCUUUGAAAUGGCUCUUCCGAAGUGCUGCUCGCCGUCAUUUUCUCGCCAUCGCUAUAACAUCGUGUGCCAGUGUACAUAUACAUGCCCUGUACAGACAUUAAUUCCCAUUUCUCUUUGUGAUGACUAGGUUGAGUUUACAGCGACAUUAGUUAGGUGGUUAAUUAAGCAUGGAUAAGGCUCAUCCAUGCUUCCGUUUUUGCUUCCACACUGUGAAACUCCUUUUGAACUACUAUUUCUUUUGUACAUUUGUAUAUCAUUUGGACAUCU